CCUUCACCGGCACAACAACGCCCCUGGUUUAUUACGGUCCGAAACACGACGACCAGCUGGAUUUGUGCGUUACGAACGCGAACUGCGAAGUUUUGAGCGGGGUGGAAGCGCGAGGACACUCCCACCGCGGGCUGGUUGUACAACGCGGGUCACGUGACUCCCGGGCUCCCCGAGUUUCAUAAAUAAGGACAGAAGAUGAUCGGCUCCGCGAAGCAGGACAAUAUACAACAAGGAGCGGGAACAAGUUUCGGUUCUGUCGGCGUUAAGACUUCAGCUCACCCUCAGUGCUAGUUUAUUUCGCGAUCUCACAGCGGGACGUCCCCGUAUUUUAGUUUUAUUUUGUCCGGCAAAGACAAAAGUGAGCCGCGGUUCGGUAUGACGAUGCUGCUCCCGCUCGUGUGGGUGACAGCCAUCGCUGCUGGUCUUCUUGCGCUGCUCCUGGUGCAGAAGCUCUUCUUCCCGUACUUCUGGAGCGACUUGGUCUUCAUCUCCAGGCUGCUGCGGUACGGGAUCCGCCUGGAGGUGUACAAGAAGCGCUCCAAGGUGGUCACCGUGCUGGACCGCUUCGUGCAACAGGCGGCGCGGAUUCCCGACAAGCCCUUCAUCAUCUACGAGGGCAUCAGCUACACGUACGAGGACGUGGAGGAGCGCAGCAACCGGGUGGCACACGUGUUCCAGCAGCGGGGGGCCGCCCGGCGGGGCGACACGGUGGCGCUGCUCAUGAGCAACGAGCCCGACUUCAUCUGCGUGUGGUUCGGCUUGUGUAAGCUCGGCUGCUCCGUAGCUUUCCUCAACACGAACAUCAGGUCCAGGUCGCUGCUGCACUGCUUCGGCUGUUGCGGGGCCAGAACUCUGGUGGUGGGAGCAGACCUGUUGGACACAUUGGAAGACAUCCUUCCCAGCUUGAAGCAGGACAACAUCAAUGUGUGGGCAGUGAAGAUGGAGUGCUCCCUGCCAGGGGUUGAGACCCUCCUGGACAAGCUGCAGCAGGCUCCCGAGGACCCCAUCCCUGCCGAGCAGCGGGCAGUAACCUCCCUCAAGACCCCUACUCUCUACAUCUUCACCUCAGGGACCACAGGUCUCCCCAAAGCUGCCAUCAUCACUCACCUGCAGUCCGUGAAAGCGGCAGGGGGAUUUUGGGCCUAUGGGGGCUGCUCAAGUGAUGUGAUUUACAUCUCCUUGCCGUUGUAUCACAGCGCGGCUUCGCUCAUCGGUAUUGGGGGAACCAUUGAGAUCGGAGCAACCUGUGUGCUCAAGAAGAAGUUCUCAGCCUCACAGUUCUGGGGUGACUGCAGAAAAUUUAAUGUGACCAUAUUCCAGUACAUCGGGGAGCUCUGUCGCUAUCUCUGCAAUCAACCUAAGGCGGAGAAUGAGAAGAAGCACAAGGUGCGCAUGGGUGUGGGGAACGGCCUUCGGCCAGAGGUGUGGAAGGAAUUCCACCGUCGCUUUGGGGAUGUGCGCCUGUGUGAGAUCUAUGGCUCCACCGAGGGGAACCUUUGCUUCAUGAACCACUUGGGCAAAAUGGGUGCCGUGGGCCGCUCCAACUUCUUCUACAAGCUCCUCUUCAAAUAUGACCUCGUGAGGUAUGACAAGGAAAAUGAUGAACCCGUACGCAACAAAAAAGGCUUCUGUGAACAUGUGUCAAAAGGUGAAACGGGCCUCCUACUGUCCAAGAUCAAUGAGCAGAGCCCGUUCUUCGGCUAUGCUGGGAGCAAGCAGCUCACAGACAAGAAGCUUCUGCGGGAUGUUUUUGUGAAAGGUGAUGUGUACUUCAAUACGGGGGACCUGAUGGUCGAGGACACGGAUGGCUUCAUCUCUUUCAAGGACAGGAUUGGAGACACGUUCAGGUGGAAAGGUGAAAAUGUAGGGACAACUGAAGUUGCUGAAGCUCUGGAACUCGUGGAUUUCAUUCAGGAGGCGAAUGUGUAUGGCGUGGAGAUCCCAGGAAAUGAGGGGAGAGCUGGCAUGACUGCGAUCAUCAUCAAGCCUGACAGGAGGUUUGAUGGGAAGAAGCUCUUUCAACAUGUCCUCGAUCACCUGCCAUCCUAUGCUCGGCCCCUUUUCGUUAGGAUUCAGGAAACCAUGGAGGUGACUGGGACCUUGAAGCAGCUGAAGUUUCGACUUGUGGAGAGCGGGUUCAACCCUUCAAUGAUAACUGAGGCUGUGUAUUUCUUAGACUACACAGGGAAGUGCUACGUCCCUCUGACCAAUUCCAUGUACAACAGCAUUGUGUCUGGGCAGCAGAAGCUAUAGCACUCUGAGAAUUCACAUGUCAAAGUGGUAGAUUUAUGGCAUAAUUUCUCAUUUACAGAGGAAGACAUUUUGACGGCCUAAUGAUGGCCACUGCUGUUAACAUUUCAUAUAGGCUGUGUAUGUAAAUGAUGGAUAAAUGACUAGAUUUAGAGGGGAUGUUGAUGGCUUGACUAACAGUGCUGGAGCUGAAAUGGGAUCAGGUGCAUAACCUGAGGUAAAGUCAGCCAGCUUCAGAUCCUAUAAUUAAUAUGCAACUUUCAGAGUUGUCCUGCAGAACAGAUGCAGACACUCGUAAUAUGACAUGAAGACCAGUGAGCCUCGGUGAUGAAGGCCUCCUCCCAUCCUCACUGUGUCAUGUUGACUCCGGUUUGAACGUCUAUUGGUCCUCCUUGCUGGACUUUACACUAAUUCUCCUUUAUAUUUAGCGCAGAACCACUUCACUGUCAGCAGCGAUUCCACUCUCAAUUCCCAGUGAUUCCCAGAAUUUGUUUCCUUCACAAGUGUGGCUAGACAAUGCGAUACUGGUUUUAUAUAUUUUUUUUAUCCCAAAUUGUGUGAGGAGAGUGUGUAGAGAACUAACUUAAUCACAGUAGGAUGAAAGCAAUGGAAAAUUUGACAGCUUCACAAAGUUAAUUUUUAUUUCACUUCUUUAAAUCCACUUGCCCAGAGAUACGAAGUGAAGGCUCUGUCCACCACUGGCCUGAUGAAUUUCUGCAGGACACAGUAAAAUCGGAGCUAAGAUUCCAGUAGAGGCAAACGUCACUUUUUUCUAUUAUCAUUUCAAAGCUUGCUUUAGAUCCUGUUACUGAUCCAAUAAAUUGUAAUUAUCUUACAGAAUGUACAGAAACCUUGCAGGCAACUGUCAUUUGCUGUGUGAUACAUAGAACUCAGUACAUUUAUUUUAAGUUGAUUUAUCGGGGGGGCCUGGUGGCACAGUGGGUUGGACUG